GCUCAGGCUCCCAGGACAAGGCCGAGAUGGCGACUGUAGCUUGGCUACUGGGUCGGCGCGCGGCGAGCUGGAGGCCGCGGCCGCCACUGCAGCCGCUCGCCGGCCUGAUUACCCAGCGGGCCAACUCGCUGUUGCCCGUGGACGAUGCAAUCAAUGGGCUAAGCGAGGAGCAGAAGAAGCUUCGUCAGACCAUGGCUAAAUUCCUUCAGGAGCAUCUAGCACCCCAUGCCCAGGAGAUUGAUCGGAGCAAUGAGUUCAAGAACCUGCGAGAGUUUUGGAAGCAGCUGGGGAACCUGGGAGUCUUGGGUGUCACGGCCCCUGUUCAGUAUGGCGGCUCCGGCCUGGGCUACCUGGAACACGUGCUGGUGAUGGAGGAGAUAUCCCGAGUCUCUGGAGCAGUGGGUCUCAGUUACGGUGCCCACUCCAACCUCUGCCUCAACCAAAUUGUUCGUAAUGGAAACGAGGCCCAGAAGGAGAAGUACCUCCCCAAGCUGAUCAGCGGUGAAUACGUUGGAGCCCUGGCCAUGAGUGAGACAAAUGCUGGCUCCGAUGUUGUCUCCAUGAAGCUGAAAGCAGAAAAGAAAGGAGAUCACUAUGUCCUGAAUGGCAACAAAUUCUGGAUCACCAAUGGCCCUGAUGCUGAUGUCCUUAUUGUCUAUGCCAAGACAGAUCUGGCUGCUGUGCCAGCUUCUCGGGGCAUCACAGCCUUCAUUGUGGAGAAGGGUAUGCCAGGCUUCAGCACCUCCAAGAAGCUGGACAAGCUGGGGAUGAGGGGCUCUAACACCUGUGAGCUAAUCUUUGAGGACUGCGAGGUUCCUGCUGCCAACAUCCUGGGCCAUCGAAGUAAGGGCGUCUACGUGCUGAUGAGUGGGCUGGACCUGGAGCGGCUGGUGCUGGCCGGUGGGCCCCUCGGGAUCAUGCAGGCCAUCCUCGACCAUGCUAUUCCCUACCUACAUGUGAGGGAAGCCUUUGGCCAGAAGAUCGGCCACUUCCAGUUGAUGCAGGGGAAGAUGGCAGACAUGUACACCCGCCUCAUGGCCUGUCGGCAGUACGUCUACAAUGUCGCCAAGGCCUGUGAUGAGGGCUACUGCACUGCCAAGGACUGCGCUGGGGUGAUUCUUUACUCAGCCGAGUGCGCCACACAGGUAGCCCUGGACGGCAUCCAGUGUUUGGGUGGCAAUGGCUACAUCAACGACUUCCCCAUGGGCCGCUUUCUGAGAGAUGCCAAGCUGUAUGAGAUCGGGGCUGGGACCAGUGAGGUGAGGCGGCUAAUCAUCGGCAGAGCCUUCAACGCAGAAUUCCACUAACUCCAAGACCCUUCAUCCCCUUUCCCAGCACCUAGAGGCCUUUCUCUGGAAGGAGAGACGUGGAAGCUCUUCUCCAGGCAGGCCCUGCCCACCGGCCCAGGAAAAGUGUGCAGCGGCUUAACAUGGACUCCUCAGGAAGCAUGCUGGCUUUUCUGGGGCUCAGUGGGAGGGCUUUGGUGACUCUGCGCCCUUGCUCUCUAACUUCAAGCCUGAUGCCCCACCCCCGCUCCCAGGGGGGGCACCUUUUUUCCUAGUGAGCCUCUGCCAGGGAACCCUCUGCUCAAGUACACAAGAAGCAUUGCCCCUCUCCUUAAUUUGAACUUGGUAGCCUCUUUUCUUUCUGGGGAAAAAUACCCCCCAAACCUAGCCUCUGUUUCUGCCAAUUUCUAGAGGCAUCAGCUCUCAGCAGCUUGUGAGUGGGCACCCCCUCUGCAGCAGCCCCUCCACCCCUCAUUCUUUAAGCUGAAAUCCUACCACUGGGGUAGAGGUCUGGGAAUAGGCAUCUCAGAACACCUGUGGCACUCAGAGUCCACGGUGGGGCAGAGGUCAGCGUGCUCAUGAAGGACGGGGCUCAAUGCCUCCAACACAACGCUGCCACCACCACCAUCCAGUCCUGGCCAUGUGACAGCCCACAGCUGACUGGGCAGCAGGCCUGGGUUGGCUGGCUCAUCUCCAGCCAAGGCUGCCUGCAUACAUUUCUCUGGACACCCUAUGGCUAAUUUUGUUACAACUGCACAGUGGCUGCUGCCAUUUUGUAUUAAACAUU